AUGGCCAUGGCGGGCACAGGGAAACAGCCGGACAACAAUGACGACGCUCCUCCCACUCCACAAAGACCGGUGUCCUCUUUGCUGUCUCACUUUGAGAAUCUUUCUCACCGCAGAGCUCCCUCUGCUGUAGCUGCUAGCCCGCGCACUUCCACAACCCAUUUACUGGCAACUCCGGAGCCUAACGAUGACCCCCGAUCUUCCACUCGUGCUUCGCUCGAUUUACCUCGGCCACAUUCCCCAUGGACCCCGGCCGAGGAGAGACCAAACCCGCUUCAGCAGUUGAACGGGGAUAACUCCCGGGAUCGAGGGUUCUCCGGCAGACGAUAUGGCCGGCCCAUCUCAAUGAACUUCCACCGCUCAUCGCCACAGUUACCUCCAACUUUGACAGUACAGUCACCCCAAUCACCGCCGCGAACACAAAGUCGAGAUGAAGUUUGGACUCCACAAGGCGACAGCCGCAAGACUCGGAGUCCAGGCCAUCGCUCGAGAGAAUCGACGUCUGUCUCGCCGGCACCACCCCGCCCGCUCUCCCCAAUACCGAAGUUCGGACCGUCCGUUAAUUCAGGGGAUACAAUCCCUCGGCUCUCGCCUGGACCCCUCCGCGUUAACCUCACUGGGAGCCCGACGGACCGGAAGUUAAAAAGUGCUUCGUUGCCACCCCCAGCUAACCGCGCAUCAAAGCCCAAGAUCCCAGCGAAACCGGCUAUAUUUUCUCACCCUGAUACAGCCUCGUUGACUCCUCGACAAGAGCGACCAUUACCGGAUCGAAGCACUUCACCUUUCAGCACCCCUCCUGGUAGCCCAGAGAAGGCUAUGCCUAAGCCGCAGUCUACUGGGAAGAGCAAUGCUAGGCCAGCACCGGCUCGGCCAGUGACGGAGCCACCGACUCGGCGUUCAUUUGAUGAGCGAUCACCUGUUCCGUCCGAGAUCGCCAGACACGACACUAGAGAGAUGGGAUUUUCAAGGAAUCCCCGUCCUGGUCCAGAGCCUUCACGGGCCACCAAGCCUUUGAUGGUGCAGAUUCCAUCUGCCCCUGUAGACGGUCAGAUGUCUGCCGCUACUGCUACCCCUCUUUCGGCGCAGAGAUUCCGAGCUAGUGAUGUUCCCUACGACCGCCCAGGGCUUCCUCCUCGACCUUCUGGGGCUCCUCGCCGAACUGGAAUCUCCCCCGCACGAGAGUCUUCCAGACAUAUAAACAACUCUGUGCAGCAGACCCCAAUUGCCAGAUCAGCACCUUCUUUCCCGCGUGCCAACGAAUCGUCAGCCCCGAAACCAAUCCAGCGGCAACCCUCUCUACCCCAAGAAGCCCACCUGUCUUCUUCUCUUCCUGAGCGACGUGUGGUGCGUACAGACACGGAGGAAGACGAACAAGCCGAAGAGCCCGCUAUUUCACGGACCGACUAUCCUGAUGCCUCAAAAGCUAACCGUCGACCUCCACGCUUUAGAACUGGACCGAGUGAUAUCUUGACAAAAUAUGACACCCGGUUGCUGGCUGUGUGCGGCAAGUAUGUGUGUACCACUGGAUAUCUGACUCGGGUGUGGGAUCUUACGACUGGUGACCAAGUGAUGAGUCUCAGCCAUGGCGAGACCGUAAAAAGUUUAUCUCUUGCUUUCAAGCCAGGGAAAGGUCUUGAGGACGAGGGUCAGCGUAUUUGGCUUGGUACUAGCGCUGGAGAUCUGCACGAAGUCGAUAUCCCGAGCCAAUCUAUCGUGGCCACCCGCGCAUACCCCUCUCGUCGAGAAGUCAUUCAAAUCUUGCGACAUAAGAAGGAAAUGUGGACGUUUGAUGACGAAGGUCGACUGCUUGUUUGGUUGCCAGACGAGACCGGCACACCCAACUUGCAAUAUAGCUACCACAGCCCCUCUGAGCGUGUAGCCCGAGGCCACACAUUCUCCAUGGUAGUUGAUGACAAGCUAUGGCUGGCAGCAGGGAAAGACGUCCAUGUAUAUCGCCCUAACGCGCGGGAUGAUCUCCCAUUCAAGGUCUUCAAACGACCUCUCGGUCUUCAGCACUCAGGCGAUGUGACUUCCGGAUCCUAUACCACGCGAGAGGGAGGCCGGGUAUAUCUAGGACACGCAGAUGGCAAGGUUACUGUGUAUUCCUCAACCGACUUUUCUUGCUUGGCGGUGGUCAAUGUCAGUGUGUAUAAAAUCAACUGCCUUGCAUUUGUCGGAGACUAUCUUUGGGCUGCGUAUAAGACCGGUAUGAUCUACGUCUACGAUGUGUCUACCAACCCUUGGACCGUGAAGAAAGACUGGCGUGCCCACGAUAGUCCCGUAUCUAGCUUUGUCUUGGACAUGAGCAGCGUAUGGACAAUGAACCGUCUUCAAGUGACCUCACUCGGCACUGAUAAUUGCAUUCGCCUCUGGGAUGGAAUGCUCGAGGACGAUUGGUUGGAUGCGCGGAUGCACACCAGGGACGUGGAGUUCUGCAAUUUCCGAGAAAUCAAGGCUGCUGUCGUGACUUGGAAUGCGGGAGCUUCUACCCCCGGUAGUGUGCGAACGUCGGAUUUCAUCCGAAACGCAGUCACCCCCGAAGACCCGCCCGAGAUCGUGAUCUUUGGGUUCCAGGAAUUAGUUGAUCUUGAGAAUAAGAAGAUCACAGCUAAGAGCUUGCUGCUUGGUAGUAAAAAGAAAGAGAACGGUGAGAAGGAACACAUGAGUCGUCAGUAUCGAGUGUGGAUCGAUCAUCUUACUCGCACUCUUCACGAAUGUAUGCCUCUCGAAGAAUCCUAUGUUCUUUUGCAUACUGCGAACAUGGUGGGAUUGUUUACUUGUGUUUUCGUCAAACACAAGGAACGCCAUAAUAUCAAAAACGUCAGUGCUUCGGAGAUUAAGCGCGGAAUGGGCGGUUUACAUGGAAACAAGGGUGCCCUUGUACUCCGCUUCGUCUUGGACGACACCUCGAUGUGCUUUGUGAACUGCCAUUUGGCUGCGGGCCAAACCCAAACCGCACACCGAAACAACGAUAUUGCUGCCAUCUUAGAAGCUGAGUCCCUGCCAACGGAAAAUAGCAUGACCUUGCGAUCCGAUCAGUUCGCCAGUGGUGGUGAUGGCUCAAUGAUCAUGGACCAUGAGGUGUGCAUUCUGAACGGAGAUCUGAACUACCGAAUUGACGCAAUUCCUCGCAAUGUGAUCAUCGACGCAGUUCGCCAGAAUAACCUACCGAAACUUCUGGAUCGAGACCAGCUACUUGCUUCCCGGCGAAAGAACCCCGGUUUCCGCCUGCGCUCCUUUACUGAGUCACCCAUUACCUUCGCCCCGACCUACAAGUACGACGUCGGCACGGACGAGUAUGACUCGAGUGACAAGAAACGCUCCCCUGCCUGGUGCGACCGCAUCCUUUAUCGUGGCCUGGGCCGCGUCAAGCAGCUCGAUUAUCGACGACACGAGGUCCGGGCCUCCGACCAUCGGCCUGUCAGUGCGGCGUUUAAAAUCCGCGUCAAGACAGUUCUAAAUCCAGAACGAAACUCGACGUGGGAGUCGUGUAACAAGGAAUUCCAGGAUGAGAAGCGCCGCUUGGCUUCUGAGACUAGCAUUGAGUAUCUCAUUACUGUCCUGGGCACCGAUCCUCGCCAGGCCCGUGCCUUGAUCUUGGGAAAGCAAUAG